AUGAACCGUCUACCGGUAUCAAGCCUCAUGUCUCCCCCCGAGUCGAAGCCGAUCGAGAGCUUCCACUCUACAUCUCCUUUUACCAAACCGGAAUCUACUUCCUCGCUGGGCGACAUCAAACUACCCCCCAUCUCAGCUGAUCGCAAGCGCACACAGUCGGAGAUGGACCUGCCCUCACCACCGGUGACCCCGUACACAGGCACCAAGAAGCGUCGGUCGCAUACCGCCGACCAAAUCGAUCGUGAUGUCGGUUCCUCGCGGGACCCCGUUCUCUUUCCCCGUCAUGACUCUCACUCCCAGCCUGGGGCCGACGAGCCCCUAUUUGGACCCAUUGCCCCGCCGGCGGCUGCGGCGCUGGUCGACCAACAUAUCAUUUCGCACAUGGCUCGCUUUGAGAAUAAGCGAAAUAAGCCGACUCGGGAUGAGUACUUGCUGGCCUUGUCAUGCGUGCCGAUUGUCGCGACCCAGUAUAACCGCAACCCGGCCGCCUGGGCUCGGGAAGAGCGAGAGACACUCGAACGCCAGCUGGUCAUGAUGAAUCGCAGCCGACCCGCCGAUCCAGACGCUCGUCUGAAGAAGAUUGCCCCCGCCCCCGCGAAGAAAGUUGGGGGCGUCGCCCCGCCCCGUACGCCGCGGACCCGCGUGAGGCGCACUCCCAAAUCUACCCCUAAUCAACCACCCCUCGACUCCUUUGAGUCUCCCCCCUCGGCCAAGCCCCGUGCGCUCGGUACCAACCGGGAUGACACGGAUUUCCAUGCCCUGCAGGACUUCUCACCUCCCAUGGAUUCCCUGCAGGGCAACGCGAAGGCACUCAAGGCCGACUGGAAAGGGCAAGUGCUGGAUUUGAGCAAUGACCCGGACCGACAUCUGCUCAGUCCCGCCGAGCUCAAUCUGGCCUCCACACUGCGACUUUCGUGUGCGACCUACCUCUGCAGCAAGCGACGCAUCUUCGAGGCUCGCGUCCGCGCCCUGACCGUGGGCAAGGAGUUCCGCAAGACAGAUGCCCAGCAGGCCUGCAAGAUUGAUGUCAAUAAAGCUAGCAAGUUAUGGACCGCCUACGACCGUGUCGGUUGGUUCCACGAAGACUUAUUCCGCCAAUAUCUGAGAUAG